GAGCGAGCGAGGGAGAGAGAGAGAGAGAGAGAGGGAGAGAGAGCAGGACCUGGGAGAAGAGCAACGAAAGAAAAAGAGGAGAGGAAAAACGGCGCAACGACACAAAUGGCACUCAUGGCAGGGAUUUUGUUCACGGCCAGCAUUCUAAUAUCUGGGAUUUCUACAUUUGUUUCGUCGGCACGGAUAUACCCCCCCGAUCCAGUCACGUUAUUGGACUCCCGAGCUGUACAGGGGGAGCUGGGAUGGGUCGCCAACCCGACAGAAGGAGGGUGGGAGGAAGUGAGCAUCAUGGACGAAAAGAACAUCCCGAUCCGGACGUACCAGGUGUGCAACGUCAUGGAGCCAAACCAAAACAACUGGCUGCGCACGGACUGGAUACCCCGAGGAGGUGCCCAGCGCGUCUACAUCGAGAUCAAGUUCACCCUCCGGGACUGCAACAGCCUCCCGGGGGUCAUGGGAACCUGCAAGGAGACCUUCAACCUUUACUACUACGAAUCCAACAACGACAAAGAGCGCUACAUCCGUGAGAACCAGUUCGGCAAGAUAGACACCAUUGCCGCCGACGAGAGCUUCACUCAGGUGGACAUCGGCGACCGCAUCAUGAAGCUGAACACAGAGGUGCGGGACGUGGGAGCCUUGACCCGGAAGGGUUUCUAUUUGGCUUUCCAGGAUGUUGGGGCUUGCAUUGCACUGGUUUCCGUCAGGGUCUUCUAUAAGAAGUGUCCUCUGGCUGUGCGCAACUUGGCCCAGUUUCCUGACACCAUCACUGGAGCUGACACGUCGUCGCUUGUGGAAGUUCGUGGCUCUUGCGUGGAUAAUUCAGAGGAGAAGGAGGUUCCCAAGAUGUACUGCGGGGCUGAUGGAGAGUGGUUGGUGCCUAUUGGGAACUGCCUUUGCAACCCUGGAUAUGAGGAGCGCAACGCAGAAUGCCAGGCCUGUAAGAUCGGUUACUACCGCGCUCUGGCCACCGACGGCUCCUGUUCCAAGUGUCCGCUCCACAGCUACUCGGUCAGGGAGGGAUCCACCUCCUGCGCCUGCGACAAGGGAUACUUCCGCUCGGAGACAGACCCGGCGUCCAUGCCCUGCACCCGUCCUCCGUCGGCGCCCGUGCACCUGAUCUCCAACGUCAACGAGACCUCGGUGAAUCUGGAGUGGAGCCCGCCCCGGAGUUCGGGGGGGCGCCAGGACCUGACAUACAACGUGGUGUGCAAACGCUGCGAGCCGGACGGCCGACACUGCCAGGCCUGCGACAGCGGCAUCCACUUCAGCCCCCAGCAGCGCAGCCUGAAGGGAACCAGGGUGUCCAUCAACGAGCUGCAGGCCCACACCAACUACACCUUUGAGGUGUGGGCGGUGAACGGAGUGUCGAAGCAGAGCCCGGGGCCAGAGCAGGCCGUGUCGGUGACCGUCACCACCAACCAGGCUGCUCCGUCCCCGGUGACUUCCAUCCAGGCCAAGGAUAUCACGAGACACACCAUCUCCCUGGCGUGGCAGCCGCCCGAUCGGGCCAACGGGGUCAUCCUGGAGUACGAGGUCAAGUACUAUGAGAAGGACCAGAAUGAAAGAAGCUAUCGAAUCAUAAAAACCGCAUCCAGGAACACCGACAUCAAAGGUCUGACCCCUCUGACCUCCUACGUGUUCCACGUGCGUGCCCGAACGGCGGCCGGCUACGGCGACUUCAGUGGGCCGUUUGAGUUCAUGACCAACUCCGUCCCAGCUCCUAUCAUCGGCGACGGGGCCAACUCCACGGUGCUGCUGGUGUCCGUGGUGGGCAGCGUCGUCCUCCUCAUCAUCCUCAUCAGCGCCUUUGUCAUCAGCCGAAGAAGGAGUAAAUACAGCAAGGCCAAACAGGACUCCGACGAAGAGAAGCACUUACAUCAAGGAGUCAGGAUAUACGUUGACCCCUUCACCUAUGAGGACCCCAACCAAGCUGUCCGCGAGUUCGCCAAAGAGAUCGACGCCUCCUGCAUCAAAAUCGAGAAAGUCAUCGGCAUAGGAGAGUUCGGCGAGGUGUGCAGCGGCCGCCUGAAGAUGCCGGGGAAGCGGGAGAUCUGCGUGGCCAUCAAGACGCUGAAGGCCGGCUACACCGACAAACAGAGGCGGGACUUCCUGUCCGAGGCCAGCAUCAUGGGGCAGUUCGACCACCCCAACAUCAUCCACCUGGAGGGCGUGGUCACCAAAUGUAAGCCAGUGAUGAUUAUCACCGAGUACAUGGAAAAUGGAUCACUGGAUGCAUUCCUGAGGAAGAACGACGGCCGCUUCACCGUCAUCCAGCUGGUGGGCAUCCUGCGCGGCAUCGCCUCGGGCAUGAAGUACCUGUCAGAUAUGAGCUACGUGCACCGCGACCUGGCGGCACGCAACAUCCUGGUCAACAGCAAUCUAGUGUGCAAGGUGUCCGACUUCGGCAUGUCGCGGGUGCUGGAGGACGACCCCGAGGCUGCGUACACCACCAGGGGAGGAAAGAUUCCCAUCCGCUGGACAGCCCCCGAGGCCAUCGCCUACAGGAAGUUCACCUCGGCCAGCGAUGUGUGGAGCUACGGCAUCGUUAUGUGGGAGGUGAUGUCGUACGGCGAGCGGCCGUACUGGGACAUGAGCAACCAAGACGUGAUCAAGGCCAUCGACGAGGGCUACCGGCUGCCCCCGCCCAUGGACUGCCCCGUGGCACUGCACCAGCUCAUGCUGGACUGCUGGCAGCGAGAGCGGGCCGACCGACCCAAGUUCGGCCAGAUCGUCAACAUGCUGGACAAGCUGAUCCGCAACCCCAACACCCUGAAGAGGACCGGGGGAGAGACCGCUGUCAGGCCCAACACCACCCUGCUAGAUCCAGGGAGCCCUGAGGCGUCCUCGGCGGUGGGAACGGUGGAGGACUGGCUGCAGGCCAUCGGGAUGGAGAGAUACAGCGACAACUUCACCGCUGCCGGCUACACCACUCCGGAGGCCGUGGUCCACAUGACACAAGAGGACAUGGCACGCAUCGGCAUCUCGUCAGCAGCACACCAGAACAAGAUCCUGACCAGCGUCCAGGGAAUGCUGUCCCAAAUGCAACAAAUGCAAGGCAGAAUGGUUCCCGUCUGACCGCUCACCAGGCAGAAAAUGGCAAAGGGAGCAAAAAACGACUUCAUUUCUUAUGAAAAAAAUAAAACAAAUAACAAAAAAUAUAAAAUAUGACAUAAAAACAGACAAAGAAACUAUAAAGGAAUAGUUUACCUCAUCCGUGCACUUUAAAUUGGAUCUAGAAGAAAAGUUGACGUUCAUGAAGAAGAAGAAAAAGUGGUGAAAAUGGCACUUUUUUUUUUUUUUUUUUGGAAGAAUCAAACCUUUUACUCUGCCCUUUUUGUUGUUUUGGAGAACGCGACGCUUCUGUCUGCAUUCAUAGACAGAUGGAGGGACGCCUGGAAAAGUGCUUCCGAGGGGCCAAUCUGGAGUGCCUUUAAUGGUCUGGAAGGAAAAGUGAAGGAGGUGGGGAACUGUGGAAUCGUACUUCUCCUCUUCCUUUUGGGCAGAGUCUUGUUUCUGGAGCCUUCUUUCUGGAAUAAUCCAAGGAGCAGAACUUUUUGAUUUCCUAGGACUAGUGUUUAUUGUACAUGAACUGUUUCUGUGGGACUCGCCGGGAUUUGCCCCGGCCACCGUUGGAUCUGUUUGACGUCGAGGAGGAUUCCCAACCAUCGGAUCGAAAACAGUGAAUCUCUGUGGAGGGUGGAGGGUUGGAGCAUCAAGGCGGGGGAGGGCUUAAUUUAAGAAGCUUUUUGUGUCCGUUCUGGCCUUGUUUUUCUCCCAGAACGCCGAGUUUUGUUGCCCUCAGGACGUUGCCGAGAAUGUUUUUGAUCUUCCAGAAAAGCCUUCCUCCCCUUCCCCCAUC